AUGGCUCUUGGUGGCUACAGUAAUGUAAUUAUGAUUGUUAUAGUCACAAUUUUUUUCCCUUGCAUUGCUAUGGGCACUGAAUAUGUAGUUGGAGAUCAUCAUGGAUGGGCAACAGGCUUUGAUUACAACAUUUGGGCUGCAGAUAAAGUCUUCAAAGUUGGAGACUCACUUGUUGGGCAACACAAUGUGUACAAAGUAAAUGCAACAGCGUUCCAGAACUGCACCGUGCCUUCAAAUCACAGCGACGCAUUGAGGAGUGGAAAUGAUGUUAUUGUGUUGGCAAGUCCAGGGCAAAAAUGGUAUCUAUGUGGUGUUGGCGAGCACUGCACCACAGGGCAAAAGCUUGCGAUUACAGUAGUGGCUAGCACAAUAUCUUCAUCACCUUCACCUGUUCAACAUACUAAGAAGCUUUUUGGAGGAUUUCAUUUUUGA